AACUAACUAUAUGACACAAAAUGUCCCCCCUCUCUUAUUAGUCAAAUACCAAUAAUGUCCCUCAGGAAACUUCUAUAAGAUUAUUACUUAGAAGUUUAAAUCCUUUAUUAUUUGGUUUGACUCUUAUGUGGGCCCAUUGGCCCAGUCACUAGUUUAAACCCAUAUCUAUAGCUACAUAACUUCCAAAUUCCCAUAAUUUCUCAAACCAAAACCUUGUACCUCUAAAAACCAAAUUUUCAUUAAAAUGUUGAACCCUUUUGUUUGUGGAACAUUCAAUCAAGAAGAUGAGGAUGAACUAUGUCGUGCAAAUCCUGAUUCAAGCCCUAGAAGAUACAAAAGAAAAGAUAGCAAAAAUAACCCUUAUUCCACACGUGGCCUAGAUAAAUUUUCAGCACUUUUAUCUGAUUUAAAUGAUAAAAGGCAGAAAAUUUAUUCACAAAUGAACCCUCAUGAUAUUUCUUUUGUUCGUUUUGUUCAUUCAAAUAAAGAUGAUUUUGUUCCUAUUGUUGUUAAGGUGAAAAACAAGAGCCAAGAGUUAAAAGUAGUGAAACCAAGAAACUUGAGUCCUAAGUCAACGGUGAAAAAGUCUUCACCUGAAUCAUCAAUUGUUGCUAUGGAAGAAAGAAACCAACCCAAGAAGAGAAUCUCAUGGAAUAUGAAGAAUAAUGAAAUGGAGAAACCAUUAUUCUAUUUGCCAUUUGUUGUGAUAAUGAUUUUGGUUUUGUUGACUGUGUUUGGAAGAACAGCUGCAAUAAUUUUCACUUGUAUUUUGUGGUAUGUGAUUCCAACUUUGAAGGAUAUUAAAGCAAGAAAUUCUAUAAAGAAAAAAGAUUUUGUUAGAGGCUUGAGUGAGAAGAAAAUGGAUGUGAUGAAUAAUGAAGGAGUGGUAAAGAAAAAAGAUUAUGUUAGAGGGUUUAGUGAAAAGAAGAUGGUGGUUAAUGAAGGGAUUAACAAAAAGAAAGAUUAUGUUAGAAGAUGGAGUGAGAAGAAAAUGGUUACUAAUAAUGAAGGAUUAGUUUCUCCAAGAAGUGGUGGUGAUUAUGAUGAUGAUGCUUCCAAGAACAAGAUUCAAGCAAAACAUUCACACAAGAAAAGUUGGUGAUCAUUGUAUGCUGUUCAGAAUUCAGAUCACUCUCUUAUUUUUGUUUCUUCAUGUUUGCAUUUUUGUUGGUUAGGAUUAGAAUUUUGGUUGUGUGAAAUGUGAAUACUUGUAUAUUUUUUUGAAUGAAGAAGACUUGCUUGAAAAGAGUUGACUAUUCAACCUUUCUUGUUACAUGUUCAUUGUUCACAAUGUAGAUCAUUGUUUUAAAUUGUUGUCCAUAAGUGCAAUUAUAACUUCAGUGUA